AAUAAGAACGCUAUGCGUAUCAGCAUUUAGCUCUUCAGUCAUUACCUGCCACUGAGUAUUUAGCUUGGUUAUAAAUUAGAUAGCGAAUGUGUUAAUCAGAUCCAGAAAGUAAACUAAAACAUGCAUCGUUUUGCACGGGGCUUUGUUUUGUGCGUCCUAACGGCGACCUUCGUGAAGGCUCAGCAUGUUCAGAGAGCCACUGUUUAUUGGGAUGCUGUUCAGAGGUCUGUGGUGCUGAAAGAGGGUGCAAUGGAAGAGGAGGGAGAUGCACUUGGUUAUUUCAAUGAUAGUUUAUCUGUUUCUGGAUGGGGAGUGCUGGAAGUGCAGGCUGGCUAUGGACAAUUCCAGGAGAACGAUGAAAUUACAUAUUUCUUGGCUGGAUACCUUGAAGGAUACCUUACAGCCUCGUAAGUUAAAGUGACUAACCCUUGAGAAAAAG